UGCUUGUACUAAUCCUGGCGUUGUUUCAAGUGCACCGGCAAAUCGUAGCACAAUUACUUGCUGCUAAAUAUGGCUCAUCGUUUCGAGGAUUGAUGGAAGGAUCGGACGUCGUUUGGGCGGCGCAAAAACGCUCGUCGAAGGCUAUGGCAAACGUGUUGCUUUUGUUUGAAAAGCCGGCACAUGCGUCUCACGGCAGCGAUGAUUUGCUAGAAAUAUUUCGCAAUCGGUUGAAACGUCAUCAAUUGGACGAAGUUUAUCAGAAGAUGUUCUGGGAAAGACGUUUUCAAUGGGGAUACUAUUUUUGGCUAGAACAAGGGCUUCCGCUGUGGGCUGAUCGUUAUGUCAAGGAACUCGACGCACUUCCCGACCAUGAUGGCGGCCUGUCUCGCAAGCAGCUCAGCACACUAAUUGGCUCAAUCAGCAGUCGCGAUUGUAAUGGUACCAGUUGGGAGCUGCUCGUUGGAAGCCAGCCGUUACGUUCCCAGAGAGAUAGCAGCGUGUUGCUGUACCCGGUACCACCAUUCAAUCGCUGAUGGAAUUGCAAUAUUCCGAUUGUUCUGCCAGGAUUUUCUGGACAGUACAGGCACAUCGGAAGAGCACGUG